AUGGUGAAGUUUCAGAAGCAGCUACAGACCCAACUUGUUGCAGAGUGGAUAAAUUCUUAUGUGAAUUACAAGCAGCUCAAAAAGGACAUCAAACAAAUUAGACAGCAGAUUGCAAGCAAAGAAGAACACCUUAUUGUACAUCAUAAAACCAGAAAAAGCAGUAGCGGUGGUAGGGAGAUGGUGUACGAAACAGAGUUGAUUUAUGGGCAAUCUCCAUGGGCAGAGCAUGAUCGAGUUUUCUUUUCCAGGCUGGAUUCUCAGCUUAACAAGGUUAACAAAUUUUAUACAACCAAAGAAAAAGAAUACCUCGUUAGAGAUGAACAACUUCAAGUACAGCUGGAAACUCUCAUAGAUACAAAACUGGCUCUUUCUGCAAGCAAAAUAUAUGACCAUUCAAACGCUCAGGAGGUUGAUACAGGAGUUCAAUGUUUAAGAGUUUCAGAGAAAUGCACAAAUGCUUAUGAUUUUAACAUGGAAGAAUAUGGAGAAAAUAAUGGUGCUUACAUACACAAAGUUGGUCAUGCAGAAAAAAUGUUACAUACAGCCUUUAUCGAAUAUUACAAAGGCCUUACUCUCCUCCAGAACUACAGCACCUUAAAUGCCAUUGCUUUUAGAAAAAUACUUAAGAAGUAUGAUAAGGUUACAGGAAAGGGUGUGAGUGAAACAUAUCUAAAAGAAGUACAAUCUUCCUAUUUCUCAACAAACUCUAAGAAGCUGCUAAGCAUGGUGGAGACUGUAGAGAAUUUGUUCACUAAGCACUUCAGUAAGAAUAACCGAAGACGAGCCAUGAGAUCUUUGAGACCUUCUCCCCAUAAGAAUUCUAGUGGCGAAUUCUUUUCUUUAGGUUUUUUUUCAGGUUGUUCAUGGGGUUUGAUGUUGGCACUUGUUUUUGCGGUUUCUAAACCUCACAUUUCAAGUUACGUGAUAAGCAAAAGCUUUCAAAUGAAUGUAGUUCCAAUCUUCAGUAGUUCCAAUCUUCAGCACAUCAAUCCUUCUGUCUUUCCACAUUUAUAUGUGAUUCUGGUGUUUGUAUUCCUUCCUUUUGAUAUUUGUUACAGAUCAGCUAGAUUUUACUUUAUCCGGUGUUUGUGGCGAAUUAUAUGUGCACCACUUUACAAGGUUGAAUUUGCUGACUUUUUCCUUGCUGAUCAGUUAACAAGCCAGAUCACAACAUUGAGAUCUCUUGGGUACAUUUCCUUUUACCAUGCAAGUCAGUUAUUGCACCAUAACUCAGACAAUUCUGUAUGCUCAAGUCCCCUCUUUCAAUUCCCAUACAUUGUUGCUGUACUGCCAUAUUGGUGGAGACUUAUGCAGUGUGUGAAGAGCUGGGUGGACGAGAGAGAGCUUUCACAAAUUGCAAAUGGGGGAAAGUAUAUGUUUGCUAUUAUAGCAAUGGUGAUAAGAUUUAAAUACGAGAGCAGUUCUUCAAAGUUAUUUCUGGUAUUGUUUAUGACAUCUUCCAGUAUUGCAACUGUUUAUCAAUUUUACUGGGACGUUGUGAUAGAUUGGGGUCUACUUCAGCGCAAGUCUGUGAACCCUUGGCUUAGAGAUCAACUGAUCUCGAAGAAUAAGAGAAUAUAUUUCAUUUCAAUGUUUGUGAAUGCAGUGCUUCGAUUAGCAUGGUUGUAUUCAAUUAUACACGUAGUCAUGCCCUGCGGACCCACUUAUCAGAAGUAUAUAGACUUCAUUCUUGGAAUGGCAGAAAUUGCUCGUCGAGGCUUGUGGAUUUUUUUCAGAUUAGAGAAUGAACACCUUGACAGUGUGGACAAAUCUAGAGCAGUCAAAAUUGUUCCUUUGCCAUUUAAAUGCAUUGAUCCAUUUGUAUAA